UGGUUAGUUUCUGUCUGCUGUUCUGACACAUUACUAUUUACUCUUGAAAAAAAAACAAGUAGCUACAUAAAAUGAAGUGCAGUGUAAUAAAUUGCAAAGGAUACAAACGAUUUAAAUUUCCAAAAAAUAGCGAACUAAGAAAAAAGUGGCUCGAGGCAAUAAAGAGACCAAAUUACACACCAAAAACGUCUCAUGGAUUGUGUGAAAAACAUUUUAAGCCAUCAGAUAUGUAUACAGAAAGUUAUGAAGGUGGAUAUCAAAUGAAUCAAACGCGUUUAAAAACUAACAGUAUUCCAUCCAUAUUUCCGUGGGAAGUAAAAGACAAUCAAGAAAGUAACCCAGCUACGGUGAAAGAUGAACCCCAAGAAGUAGAUGAACGCAUUACAGAAAGUACUUUUUCUGCACAUUUUAAUUCUGGUUGUAACUCAAAUCAAGAACAACAAAGCUUAUUCAAGAAUGAUAUAGCAAUUGUCUCAACUCAACAACUCAGUUUAAAUGAGUAUGAAAAAAUAUGUACAAAAACCUCACUUAAAUCAGAUGAAAAGGGUAGUUUAACAAGUGAUAAUGACACGAGUGAAGAAACAAAAUCUGUUAUAGUUCAGACUCAUCGAGUGUCAAGAUACAAUCUAGAAGAUUAUAGGUACAAGCCCAUACCAUUGCAACACUUUACAGGAUUAACUUAUGAAAAGAUUACGGCUGUACUGCACACUCUAAAACCAGUUAUGAGCCACUUUGAAAAAUUAGAAAAAAGUAUAAAUAUCACGAUUCCUAAUCAACUAUUUUUAGUUUUAUGGAAGUUAAGAAAAUGUACUUGCAACUUAGAAUUAGCUGAGCAUUUCAAUGUGAGCUCAGUGAAUGCGAGUGAAAUCUUUAAAACGUGGAUCUUAAACAUGUCUAAAACAUGGUCUGACAUGACUACUUGGCCUGAUCGAGAGCUAGUUUAUUUUUACAUGCCAUAUGUUUUUAAAAAUAAUUACCCUAAAACUCGAGUCACACUGGAUGCAAAAGAACUCAAAAUUGAUGCUCCAAGCAAUCAUAAGCUCAAACAAGCAACACUCAGCACAUAUAAUAAGCUAAAUGUAAAGGUUGAGACAACUCCUGGUGACUCAAUUAUUGACAGUCAAAUAAUAGAGCAAAGUAAUUUACAGAAAAAAUAUGAAUCAGAUGAUACGAUCCUUGCCGAUAAGAGCACAAUACAAGAUUUGAACGCUCCAUGCACUGUCACUGACAAAACUCAUCGAGUUCACAUUGAAAAAGUUAAAAAAACAUUCACGAUACUCUCAAAGAAACUUACUCGUGAACUCCUUCCUUUAUCAUCGGAAAUAAUUCAAGUAUGUGCAAUGUUAAGUAACUUUAAAGACAAUAUUAUUUAAAUUAAAAUUUAAAGUAACAACAGUAUCGUUUAACGCGCUGUGCACGCUCAAAUCACUCAUGCCUUUGAUCACGUUUCCAAGAAUUUAAAUAAUUCGCUCUUAAUUCAUUGUACACCAUCUACCUAGCACCACCACCAACUAAAAGACUUAUUUUUAUGACACACUCAAGCCGUCACUUGUUUAAGAGAAAAAAAAUAAUA